AUGGAGGGUGCUAGCAACGAACUCGCGGUGCUUCAGAGCAUUACGCCGCGCCUCCAGCCCCCGCAGUCGCCGAGCACCGACGGAAACGACGUCGAUGACCUGCACGACGUCGUCUCGAUCCUCAACGCACUCUUCGCCGACAACGUCUCGGCGCUCUUUGUCAAGAAGGCGUUUGCCGUGCUCCUCAAGCUCGUUCGGACCCGUGACGGCGCGCACGAGAUGCACCGCCACUUGGGCGAACUCACGAUUCUUUCGAUGCUGCGCGUCAAGGCGUCCGUGCCCGUCAUCCAGUCGUACGGUUUUGUGCUCAUUCGCAAGCUGGCUUGCGCGUGCGACGAGAGCCAUCGGGUGCUGAUCGAGAACGGUGCGAUCGAGCUGCUCGCCAACGGGCUGCGACGCUUCCCGGACGACGUGAUUCUUCAGUCGGCGGCGGCGGGGGCCCUCGCGCCGCUCGUGCAGCACGACGACAGCAGCAUUGACAUCGUCCUCGGGCUCGGGCUUCUUCCCGUUCUCGUGCGCCCGAUCGUCCAGCGCAAUGACAAGACGGCCGACCAAGCCGUCAUCUACACCUGCGCGAUCCUCGUCGCUAUUUGCCAAGCCCGAGGCAAAGACGUCAUUGGCACGAUCCUCAGCGGCCAAGCGACCGGUGCAGACGAGAACUGGCCUGUUCUGCAGAGCCUUGUGCAGCUCUUGCAGGCGAGCGUCAACGUGGAAGCGUCCAAGCGGGUCUCGGUUGCGGUUACGACGGCCCUGCUCUGCUUCAUGUCGAUGGACCGCACAGUCACCGACGUCCUCGACGAGCUCCGCGCGCUCUCGACUGUGUCGCACGCCAUGGUGCAGUUUGCGGCCGAUGCAAGUGUGCUCAAGUACUCGGGCAUUGUGUGCCAGCAGCUCGCGCGGUCCCCGGUCAAGCGCGUCCGCACCUACUCGCCACAAAAAGUCACUCGAACGACCAAGCUCCGCGUCAUGACCAGUCCCAAGAAGGAGCCCAAGGACGGCGUCGUGUACGAUCCGAUGCCGAGCAUUGGCGAAAAGGACAAGGAGCGCGCGCUGGCGCAAGCAGAAGUCGCCGACCGCGCCGUGCGCGGAAACCUCCUCACGUCUGCGUACGGGUUUGCCAAGCCUCUCAAAACGUCUGUGGCUGUUGCGCCGUCGCCGUCAAAGGAGGCAGCGGUCAAGCCCCGGCCGCCCGCGCGGCUGCCACCCCAGUCGUCGUCACCGACGAAAUCACCGACCAAAAGCCGCGUGCGACCAAUGCCGAGCAGUCUCAUCAAAUCGCCAAGCAAGCCGGCGCAAGGAAUCGGGACGGAAAAACUCAGGACGCAAGCGUCAGCGGCGAGCCUCGAUGUGCCGCGACUGCCCCUCGAGCCGCGCCUCCUCCAAACAGCACCGACGUCACCGCGACCAGCCCAUUCCCCAACAACGCGCUCGCCGCGGAAGGAAGCGUGGCGAUCACCGGUGCCGUCGCCCCGGCAGACGCCGACUCCUCGCAAGGCCACGCCACGCAAGGAGCCCAAGCUUGCCACCCGUUCUGUCAACGAUACAGCAGCCAACUCUGCUGUGAGCGCCGCGGAGGAGCCCGUCUUGGUCACGCGCGACGACGUAGCGCGGGAGGUGCUGAUAGCGACGGCGAUUGUGAGCUCAGCGCUGGACGACGCGAUGGUGACGGCGGCCAACGAGGCCUUGCGGCGGUCGUUUGCCCCGCCACCGAGUACUCUUUUACCCCCGGAUAUCGUUGCAUCGAUCGCCAAAGACGGUAUCUUUGCAAAGCUGUUUCACGAGGUACCGAGGUCGCCCGUGCGUCACGAAUCGAAAGACACGGACGACGUUCCACUGGCUACGAUGACGGUACUCGCAGCCGAGGCCAAGGACGGCGACGCAGCGACGAGCAUGGCGACGGACGAGAGCGUGGCCAUGGCGCUAUUGGCCAAGCAGUUGACACUGGCGUGGGUGUCCCACGCCGCUGCAAGCGUGGCCGACGAUACGAGCAGCGCGCUCUCGGCGUCGAUCGUCUGCGGUGUCUGCGACGACAUGAUUACGGCGUUAGAAAAUGGCGUUGACGCAAGCGCAAGCGAGGACGCUACCUCGGAGGAUUAUGCAUCCACCGCGUCAAAGAACACGGUUGAUCUGACGAGUGAAGCGACACGGCGCCCGUCUGCCCCGAAGAUCGAUGCUCUGGACGAUUUAGACCUGGAAGCUGCCUUUGAUGAUGCGAUGGCGUCGGCAACCACUGGCGACGCAGACGCCCGACCGAGCGAUCUCGAGGACGCAAGCAUCUUCGACGAUGCGCCAAGCGAAUCCCCGCCCCGUUCAAAGUGCCGAGGCGAGUAUCACGACGAGCCAUGA